UAUAUAAGAGCUGGGUUUUCUAGUGUUAAAUCAGUUCAACAUUCAACUUGAAUCAACAUGAAAUUCAUUCUGCUCCUGGCUUGUCUCUGCCUGUAUGUGGCCACGCUUGAGGCUCAACGACGCACUUGCAAGGGAAUAGUGCCUUCUCGGUUGAGGAAUUGUGUUGGAGGCAAGGACGAGGGCAGGGGCAAUACUCGCUCGUGCGCCAGGAACGCGAAUGGCAACAUGUGGUGGUAUGACAGCAGGACCCGGUCCUGCAAGAAGAUGGCCUACAAGGGCUGUGGCGGCAACAGGAAUCGCUAUUGCACCCGCGCAGCCUGCCGCAGCAGAUGCCGAAGGCGCAACUGA